AUGUCUAAAGCAGGCAAGGGCAAUCAGCUCCAAGACUUGCAAGAUAAGAGUCAGAAAGCACAAGAAGAACUUGCUGCUAAGGAGAAGGAGCUCCAGGAUACUAAGGAUGCUUCAGUUCCAAUUCGUAGAGAACGUGCUUUCCAUAUUGUUGAAUCUCAACAGAUUAGAAACAAUAUGUUAAUUCUCAAAGAGAAGAAGCAGCAACUCCAACUCGAAAUCAAGAUUCUUCAGAGAGAAGCCGAAGAAAUUGAAGAAAAAACAAAAACAGAAAUUCAAGUUCAUAAGCAAAAAGUCAAGCAUCUUCUUCAUACUCACGCUAAUGAUCUCCAUAAGAUAGAGGAAGAUCAUGAUAGCGCAGAAAAAGCCCAGGCAAAUGAACAUCAAGAAGCAAUGAAGCGUGCAAACGCCGAAGCCCUUAGGUUAAUGGAUGAGUUCAUGAACAAUCAGUCCAACCAUUCUGGCCAAGUUGCUACCCAUAAGGAAGAUGCUAAAAACCUAAACGCACGUUUCAAAGAACAAUACGAAAAACAGUUCGAAGAAAUCGAAAGAAAGCAAAAUGAGAACAUGGAAGCCCUUUACGAAGAUUAUAAUCUUCAGAGAAUCAAUGAACUCCAUGAAAUUCAAGAGAGAAAAGAUCAUCAUAUUAACCGUUUAAUCAAAAGUCACAAGAAGGCAUUCCAAGAGAUGAGGAACUUCUACAACAAGAUUACACAAGACCAUCUUUCAUACAUUGCUCAAUAUAGUGCGGAAUACGAAGCCAUUCAAGCCAGAUUACGCGAUUACGAACAGAGAAAGAAGAAAUACGAUAAAGAAAUCAACGACCUAAACAAAGAACUUCAUGUCCAGCGCGAAGAAAACGGAAAUCUUCAUAAAAUCUUAUCAACAUAUGAUUCCGACAAAAUGGCCCUUCAAAACUCGAAGAACAUGAUAGAAAGCCUUACUGCAGAAAUAGAUUCUCUCAAGCACCAGCACAGCGUCAAACUUGCCAAGUUCAAGAAGAUGGAACAAGAAAAGGAACAACUACUCGAAAAAUUCGAAGCAUCAGUACACGAUGUCAAGCAGAAGACAGAGUUCAGAGCCCUCCUUCUCGAGAAGCGCGUAGAAACACUCGGAGAAGUUUUAAAGAAGAAAGAAGGUUCUUUAGAAGAAAUGAUCGAAACUUCGGAGAUUCCACAAGACCAGGUUCAAGCAAUUGCAGAGCAGGUCGCAGAUCUUUUGCGCGCAAAGAACGCUGUAAUCGAUAACCUCGAAUACGAACUUGCAAAGUCUACCAAAGAACACAAUGACUUGAUUCAAGUUUUCCGCGCGAAAAUGGCUGCGGCAGGUGUUCCUGAAGACGAACUUAACUUCGAGUUGAGACCUUCUAAUACUACUACGGCUCCUGCUCCUUCAUUGUUCCAUUAA